UAUGUAAUAGCGAUGGAUUCGCUGAAUUUAACAACGUUGUGUUUAUGUUUACAAAGGGAAGGGUGGAGUCACCGGUGAGAUUAACAACACCGGUGCUCAUAACCUAAGAACAGAAGAGCAGCGGAUCUGACAGGAGCUCAAGAAAACCUCUCAACGAAAAUCUAAGCAAAAUAUGUUUUCUCUUCCUACAACCUUUCAGUCGCAGGGAACAGUGCCUUUGACCCAUCUGAUCAAUGUGGUCCAGUACCUGAAGAGUUCAGCCAACUCGGCCUUAACCACAUCAGUGCAGAGUCUACAGAGAGACCUUUCACCUGAACAUGACCCACUUGUCGGUGAGCCCAAAGUAAAGUUAAAGGACCUGGGUCUGUCAGAGCUGAGGUUCCAUCAUGUACGUGAAGUUCUGGAGCGCCUGCUGCCUUCUAUAGACCCAGAUCCUACAACCUUUCAGUCGCAGGGAACAGUGCCUUUGACCCAUCUGAUCAAUGUGGUCCAGUACCUGAAGAGUUCAGCCAACUCGGCCUUAACCACAUCAGUGCAGAGUCUACAGAGAGACCUUUCACCUGAACAUGACCCACUUCUCGGUGAGCCCAAAGUAAAGUUAAAGGACCUGGGUCUGUCAGAGCUGAGGUUCCAUCAUGUACGUGAAGUUCUGGAGCGCCUGCUGCCUUCUAUAGACCCAGAGGAGAAAUCCAUCUCCAACGCUGCUCAAAACUCAACAGCAUGGAGAACAUCUCACAUUUCUGCCCCCUCCUUCUUCCAAAACAAAUAUGUAUGGGUCCAAAACAGAGGUUUCAAGACAAUGAGCUCCAAGACUAGACAUCUGCAGUCUGGUUUUGAAGGUCCAGUAGAUGCAGAGAAUUAUACGCCAGCCUUUAUGAAGGGCCUCCUUAUGAAGGAAAAGCGAGACAUGGGGAAUCUUGAACAGUCACUGAAACAGAAUAACUUGCCAGAAUCUCACCAGGAUGCUUUCAAGACAGGCUUCACAGAGGGCUUCAUGAAAGCUCAGGCUUUGACACAGAGAACUCAAGAUUCUGUAAAGAGGACACGUCUGAUUAUUUUUGUCCUCCUACUGGUGGGUCUGUAUGGUGUGUCCAGAAGCCCUCUCUUCUCGGGUAAAGGGUCGUUUUCCGACACUGUUCGUUUCCGCACCACCUCUGGUCUGGAUUCAGCCGUGGACCCCAUUCAGAUGAAGAAUGUCACCUUUGAACAUGUGAAAGGUGUAGAGGAGGCCAAAAACGAACUUCAGGAUGUUGUUGAAUUUUUGCGAAACCCCCAGAAAUUCACUGUGCUCGGUGGUAAACUUCCCAAAGGUAUCUUGCUUGUGGGGCCUCCAGGAACGGGAAAAACCCUGUUGGCCAGAGCUGUAGCAGGUGAAGCAGACGUGCCCUUUUACUACGCCUCCGGGUCAGAGUUUGACGAAAUGUUUGUGGGAGUCGGCGCCAGUCGCAUCAGAAACCUUUUCAAGGAAGCCAAAGCUAGUGCACCAUGUGUAAUAUUUAUUGACGAACUGGACAGUGUAGGAGGGAAGAGAAUUGAGUCUCCCAUGCACCCAUACUCACGACAAACCAUUAACCAGCUGCUCGCUGAGAUGGAUGGGUUUAAACCCAAUGAAGGAGUCAUUGUGAUUGGAGCUACGAACUUUGCUGAAGCUUUGGACAAUGCUCUGGUGAGACCAGGCCGGUUUGACAUGCAGGUCACGGUCCCAAGACCAGAUGUGAAGGGACGCACAGAAAUCCUGGAGUGGUAUUUGAAAAAAAUUCAAGUGGAUUCUGCUGUCAAUGCAAAGAUCAUUGCUAGGGGAACAGUGGGCUUCUCUGGAGCCGAACUGGAGAACCUGGUGAACCAGGCAGCGCUGAAAGCAGCAGCCGAUGGGAAAGACCUGGUGACCAUGAAGGAGCUGGAGUUUGCGAAGGAUAAGAUCCUGAUGGGCCCAGAGCGCCGGAGUGUGGAGAUUGACAAGAGAAAUAAGAUGAUCACAGCCUAUCAUGAGUCUGGACACGCUAUAGUGGCUUAUUACACCAAAGACGCAAUGCCCAUCAACAAAGCUACCAUCAUGCCACGUGGCCCUUCACUUGGUCACGUUUCCUUGCUGCCAGAGAAUGAUCGCUGGAGUGAGACACGGGCCCAGCUUCUGGCCCAGAUGGACGUCAGCAUGGGCGGCAGGGUUGCUGAGGAGCUGGUGUUUGGAAAUGAUCACAUCACUACCGGUGCAUCCAGUGAUUUUGAUGGAGCCACUAAAAUAGCACAGAUGAUGGUGACACGGUUUGGAAUGAGUGACAAGCUGGGGGUCAUGACCUACAGUGACCUGACGAACCACAGCCCGGAGACCCAGGCUGCUGUAGAACAGGAAGUCAGGGUGCUGUUGCAGACCUCGUAUGAAAGGGCAAAGAAGCUACUUAAGACCUACAGCGAAGAACACAAGCUGCUGGCCGAUGCCCUGCUAACUUACGAGACUCUAGAUGCAAAGGAAAUCCAGAUGAUCCUGGAGGGAAAGUCACUAAAUCCCAGAUGAUGAAGUCUUGGAUCAACAGUGACAUUUCGAGGCACAAUCUUACUUUACUUGUAAAUGUAAAUGUUUGUAACAAGAAAGGCUUUUGAAUGACUUUCUAGCCUUCUCUCUUAAUAUUUUUCAUUUUCAGGCAACACGUUGGCUUUCAAACACUAAGCUAACAGAAAUUCAGAUAUAUUUUCUAUUCAUUUGAGAAGGUAAAUUGAUGCCAAAAGUACAUAUGCCUGAGCACUGAACCAGUAGGUAAUGGCUACAAAUGAAAUAAUGUAAAUUCUUUGCUUUGUUUUAAGAAGCUAUAACAGGAAGAGGAUGAUGUUCAUUAUAUGUUUUAUUCAUCCUAUUAUUUGUUACCCAGUCACCAGAUUGAAGCACUUGUUCAUAAGUCAUUUUAUGGAAUGGAUAAAAACAGGAAGCUCAUAAAUGGUGCAUUUUACUUGAAAGCAAAUGGCAAACCAGGCUGUCCCAUUAUCAGUAAGCAUAGUAGUAUAGAUUGUUCACUUUUUCCAUGCAGCCCUAAACCACAAACCAAUUACGAAUGUGACUUCAGAAUGUCAGUUUUAUUUUAACAUCUACAGAUACAGAAUAAAUAUAUCUGUAAAUGCGUAUCUGAACAAUUGACUAAGAGUACUGUAGAUUUUUGCCUAAUAUUUCCAAUGGACCUUACUAUCCCCUGAUUUUAUUCAUUAUACUCUUCCAGGGGUAGCUAAAAGCCUCAUGCCCCAUCCUCCGCCACAUUUUGGUUGUCUGCAUGUGUGUGUAUGGCUCAGGUGACUGCACUGUUUAUAUGUGUUUGAAAAAUUAUUAGUGUGCUUUCUUUUGAAGUUAAUUACAUGUUUAUUUCUAUUUAUCUCAGAAAUUAAUAUGGCAAGACUAUAAAUAAAGUAAAAAAAAAAAAAGCCUAUUUCCUUGUCG